AUGAAUCAGGGUCCUCCUCAACCGGGCCAAGGGCAAAUGCCCAUGCCGCCUCCUGGCCAGAUGCCCUCGCCCGAGCAAAUUCAGGCGAUCCAGAGACAGCUUGCCAUUGAUGCCGAGAAGGCUGGCAUGACCGUUCCCGAGUUUGUCGAGCAGCUCAAGAGACAACAUCAGCAGAUGAUGAUGAGACAGAUGCAGAUGCAACAGCAGAUGCAACAACAGCAACAACAACAAGGAGGAGAAGGAGGAGGAGAGGGAGCAUCUCAAGGCGAAGGCGGCCACCAGCACCAGCAUCAACAUCAACACCCUCACCCUCACCAGCAUGGCCCUCCGGCCGGUCAAGCUCGCCCUAUUGUUCCCGGCCCUCCUAAGCCCGAAGCUCUCGCUCUCGCCAAGUUCCUCCGCAGCCAGGAGCUCAAGCCCCGUACCGUCAUCCUUAAUGACGAACGCAAGGACAUGUUCAGAGUCAAACGUGCCCUCCGUGCCCUCCAGUCUCCCGCCUACGAGAAGGCUCGCAAGAAGAACCCCCUCUUGCCCGAGAUCACCGACCGCGCCUCGCUCGAGAACACCUUCAAGCUUUUGCCCAUGUCAAUGCUUGCCCUGCGCGUCGUCAAGAUCGACCCGCACGAGGGCCACGACCACCCGCCCACCAAGAAGCCGCACGGCGGGGGCAAGCGCGUCAAGGGCCUCUGGACGGUGCGGAUUGAGCCUCAGCAGGACGCUCAGGACGACAUGUACUACGUGUGGUUGUGGGAGGGCAGCCAGAUGAUGCGUAAGGUGUACGCGGCGCUCGCGCUGCUGGUCAUCUUCGCCGUGGUGCUGUACCCGCUGUGGCCUCUCAAGAUGCGCCAGGGCGUCUACUACCUCAGCUGGGGCUUCCUGAUGUUCUUGGGCCUGUUCUUUGCCAUGGCUAUCUUCCGCGUUAUCCUGUUCUGCAUCACGUACUUUGUGCUAUCACCGGGUUUCUGGCUGUUCCCGAACCUGUGGGAGGACGUCAGUGUCGUGGAAAGUUUCAAACCUGUCUGGGCUUGGCAUGAUCCCAACCCCAAGAAAGGAAAGAAGAAGAGCAAAUCCAAGACUCCUGCCGGAAGUGCCAAGGCCAAUGCUGCGUUUGCCGCUACUACCGGUCAACCUGCUCCGGCUACUGCUGUGACCACCGCUACCGACACUCAAGUUGCUACUGCUACACCUACGGCGGCAGCACAGCGAAACUACGUUGCCCCGAAGGUGGAGGAGCUUGGAGACGAUGAGUAG